AUGGCUGCUCUGACUCAAGAUAUCGCUCCGUUAAAGGCUUUGGUUUCAGAGUCUCUUGAAAAGCAAGGGGUUUUAUCCUCUCUUAAAGCUCAACUACGCGCUGCUGUCUUUUCUACAUUGUAUUAUCCUGGAAAUCAUCCUGAAAACCAUCCUGGAAAUUACAAAACUAUAACUACUACUGAAAAAGGUCGUAUUGCUUUGGAUCUAAUCAAAGAGUUUCUUCAGUUUUAUAAACUGGAUCAAACUCUCUCCGUCCUUAAUCCAGAGUGUGGUUUGCCUGAUACUCGUGUAGAUCCGGCUAUUCUAUCUAAACAAGUCGGUAUAUCUAUUGAAGAACCUAAAAGACCAGUAUUGCUGUCUGUGUUGGAUCCCAACUCAUUCCACGUUGCACGUUCUCAGACCACAACAUCGCAUCCCAUUAUUCCUGCCAGGUCUGCCAUCAACACGGAUUCGUCCAUUCAACCCUCCUAUACUAAUCCAUCCACUGUUUCUGAUUCCUCAAAUUUGCCUUUGACAAAUACUCCCUCCACGCUUGCAUCAAUCCCACCUCACUUUGCUUCUAGUUCCUCUGUAACGCAGAGUCUUGCUUCAAAACCACUACCUAGUCAUAUCUCUGCACUGGCUCCACCCAAACCAUCUCUGCUUCCUAUUCCUUCUUUAAACUCGUCCUUGCCAACCUCAUCUGGUACUUUAAAUCCAUCAAUUCCAGGUGUCCUUGCAGAUGUAACUCCACCCAACACGUCAUCUGUAUCUACCACUCUACCCAUACCAACACCCAAUUCAACAGUAAAACCCACCGACGUAUUGGACGAUCCUUUUUCUUUUUCGACGCGAGUUCAUGCACGUGGAGGUCGUGUCAAAUCUACUCCAAUGCAAGAACCUGCUGAACCACAAACAUCACACAUAACAUCUUUGAGUUUAAACAGCACUAUAUCAAAAACAUUAGCAAGUAAUAUUAGCGAGACUAUUGAGGAUGAUUUAGAAUCAGAAAAAAGCCACUCUGAUACGUCUCAGUCAGAUUAUGUUACGAGUGAUCGAAGCAUUACACCUACUCAUGCAGGUGAUAAAUUAGACUACAUUGAAGACGUGAGCAACAUGUUGAUUAAAAAUAAGCUUUCAAGUUAA